AUGGCGUCUGAGACCUUCGAAUUCCAGGCUGAGAUCUCUCAGCUCCUCUCCCUCAUCAUCAACACCGUCUACUCGAACAAGGAGAUCUUCCUGCGAGAACUCAUCUCCAACUGUUCCGAUGCCCUCGACAAGAUCCGCUAUGAGGCCCUCUCCGACCCCAGCAAACUCGACUCCAACAAGGAUCUCCGCAUCGACAUCAUCCCUGACAAGGCAAACAAAACCCUCACCAUCCAGGAUACCGGUAUCGGCAUGACCAAAGCUGACCUCGUCAACAACCUGGGUACUAUUGCCCGCUCUGGCACUAAGCAAUUCAUGGAAGCUCUCACCGCUGGUGCCGAUAUUUCUAUGAUUGGUCAGUUUGGUGUCGGCUUCUACUCUGCCUACCUCGUGGCCGACAAGGUCACCGUCAUUUCCAAGCACAACGAUGACGAACAGUACAUCUGGGAGUCCAGCGCCGGUGGCACCUUCAAGAUCACCCAGGAUACCGAUGGAGAGUCCCUUGGCCGUGGUACCAAGAUGAUCCUGCACCUCAAGGACGAGCAGACUGAGUACCUGAACGAGAGCAAAAUCAAGGAGGUCGUCAAGAAGCACUCCGAGUUCAUCUCCUACCCCAUCUACCUCCACGUCGUGAAGGAGAUUGAGAAGGAGGUCGUCGAUGAGGAUGCUGAGGAGGUCAAAGAAGACGAUGAAGACAAGGCUCCCAAGGUCGAGGAGGUUGACGAUGAGGAAGAGGAGAAAAAGAAGGAAAAGAAGACCAAGAAAAUCAAAGAGAGCAAAAUUGAGGAGGAAGAGCUUAACAAGACUAAGCCCAUCUGGACUCGUAACCCUGCUGAUAUUACUCAGGAGGAAUAUGCCUCCUUCUAUAAGACGCUGUCCAAUGACUGGGAGGACCAUCUUGCUGUCAAGCACUUCUCCGUUGAAGGUCAACUCGAGUUCCGCGCCAUCCUCUUCGUGCCCAAGCGCGCUCCUUUCGAUCUCUUCGAGACCAAGAAGACCAAGAACAAUAUCAAACUCUACGUUCGUCGUGUCUUCAUCACCGAUGACGCCACUGAUCUCAUCCCCGAAUGGCUCAGCUUCGUCAAGGGUGUCGUCGACUCUGAGGACCUGCCUCUCAACCUUUCUCGUGAGACCCUCCAGCAGAACAAGAUCAUGAAGGUCAUCAAGAAGAACAUUGUCAAGAAGACCCUCGAGCUCUUUACCGAGAUCGCCGAAGACCGUGAGCAAUUCGACAAGUUCUACUCUGCUUUCAGCAAGAACAUCAAGCUCGGUAUCCACGAGGAUGCUCAGAAUCGCUCUGCCCUUGCUAAGCUCCUCCGCUUCAACUCCACCAAGUCCGGCGAUGAGACCACGUCCCUUGCCGACUACGUCACCCGCAUGCAGGAGCAUCAGAAGCAAAUGUACUACAUCACCGGCGAGUCUCUCAAGGCUGUCCAGAAGUCCCCCUUCCUUGACACCCUCAAGGAGAAGAACUUCGAGGUUCUCUUCCUCGUUGACCCCAUUGAUGAGUAUGCCAUGACCCAACUCAAGGAAUUCGACGGCAAGAAACUCGUCGACAUCACCAAGGACUUCGAGCUCGAGGAAACCGACGAGGAGAAGAAGACGCGCGAAGCCGAAGAGAAGGAAUUCGAAGGCCUUGCCAAAGCCCUCAAGAACGUCCUAGGUGACAAAGUCGAGAAAGUAGUCGUCUCUCACAAGCUAAUUGGCUCCCCCUGUGCCAUCCGCACUGGCCAAUUCGGCUGGUCCGCGAACAUGGAACGGAUCAUGAAAGCCCAGGCCCUCCGCGACACAUCCAUGAGCUCUUACAUGUCUUCCAAGAAGACAUUCGAAAUUUCCCCGCGCUCCCCCAUCAUCAAGGAACUCAAGAAGAAGGUCGAAGCGGAUGGCGAGAACGACCGUACCGUCAAGUCUAUUACGCAGUUGCUCUUUGAGACCUCGUUGCUCGUCUCUGGAUUCACUAUUGAGGAACCCGCUGGCUUUGCAGAGCGGAUCCACAAGCUUGUUUCACUUGGAUUGAAUGUUGAUGAGGAAUCAGAGAAAGAAGGGGAGGAUAGUACGGAUAAGGAGGCUGCGCCUGCUGCGGCUGAGGUGGCGGGUGAGAGUGCAAUGGAGGAGGUUGAUUAG